AUGUCUCAGCUCUCCGACGUCUACGCAUCAUCCAGCUUCGACGGGGUGCAAUUAGACGCGCUACAAUACCUUGUUCCUAACGAUUCCCUAUCCCAACGUGAAAGCCAGAGCCAACUACUAUCCGAAAGCCAGUUUGGAUCAGUUCUAGACCUUCCAGACCUUCCAACCCAUCGAUCGCGCGUGGCACCUCAGGCCCUAAACACUCUUACGCGAAUCAAACCAGACCGUAUUAACGAGUACAUCAUCUUCACAACUACAAUGUCCGCAGAAUUUAUUCAGUGGUGGCUUGAAACCGACUUUGGUAAGAAGAAGCGGAUCAACUGGGAUAUGAACCGUCGUGCAGAGUGCUGGAAAGGGUUUGAACAGGUUGCAAAUGCCAAAGAUGGGAAGCCAGGCGUUAUAUGCAAACGGUGCCGUAAAAUUCUUGAGCAUCCAAGUACCAACCAUACUGGAACCUCAUCGAUGCAGAAACAUCUCGAUGGGCUAAGGUGCCGACAGCGAAUACCGAAGAGGGGUAAUAUCCAGCAACUACUUAGUGACGCGGCCGAGAGAAGACCGGCGCCUACCUUUACCCAGCAAAUAUGGGAGCAGAAGAUUCUGAACCUGAUCACUGUAUCGCAUUUACCCUUCCUUUUCGUCGAGCAUCAAGAAUUCCAUGACCUCCUUUCCUACGCACGGCUAGCACCCAUACCACCAAGCGUUCCAUCAAGAAAGGUGAUUCGCGACCGCCUUCGGGGUUUCGUUAUAGAACAACAACAGGAGACACUACAACAGCUUCCAUCUAGUGCAAAAAUGUCGAUUGCGCUUGACUGUUGGACUUCUCCAUUCCAGCAAGCAUUCAUGGCUAUCACAGGAUACUUCCUAGACCAGGAAUGGGACUAUCACGAGGUUCUCCUUGGGUUCGAGCCAAUUUCUGGAUCUCAUACCGGAGUGAACCUCGGUAGGAUUGUUCUCCAGAUCCUAGAGAAGCACCAGAUCGCUGACCGUAUACUGGCGGUGACAACUGAUAAUGCGUCUAAUAAUAAGACACUUAUCGCAGCGGUGAAUGAUUCGACUAAGACGCUACAAUCUGAGACAGAUUCUACGAUUGUCCAAGUGCCUUGCCUUGCACAUGUUAUUCAAUUAAGUCUAAUUGAUUUACUUGGUAAAAUCAAGGCCUCACCGAAGAAUGACAAUGCCGAGACAGAAUGGUCUGAAGAUCGUGUACGUUCACUUCGUGCGCGCCAGCAGAAACAUGAGAUCGCCGAUACUCUAAAUAAGGUCCGCGGUCUUGCAGUUUAUAUCAACGGAAGCCCUCAACGCAAAGAAGCCUUCUUGAAUCUUCAAUCUAAUAACGCUGGUAUAAGGCUUCUCCCAAUCCAGGAUGUCCGUACACGAUGGAAUUCGACAUUCCUGAUGCUCCGGCGGGCGACAAGGCUUCAUAACACAUUCGACAAGUACUGCAAGGACUUUACCCAAACCCAUUUUGCAUUGAGUAUCGAGGGGUGGCGACAGAUUGACUAUCUACUUUGCAUUCUCCAGCCCUUUUUUACGCUUACUACGCUAGUUUGUCGUACUAAAGACUCAAGUAUCCACCUUGUCUUUAGGAUUUAUAACAAGCUUUUUGAUCAUCUUGAAAGAUCAAUACGUCAGCUUCGUCGAAAGAAAGUUCACUGGAAACAGCUGAUGCUUUCCUCCCUUGAGGCUGCGAAGGAGAAACUGAAGAAAUACUACGGCGAGACCGAUAAUAUCGAAGGUAAUCUCUAUGCAAUUGGGAUGAUCCUAGCGCCGUCGAGUAAGAUGGAGUUCUUUUCAACAAGUGAUUGGGACCUAGAUCCUGAGAUAGGAAAGGACUAUAGAAAAGUAUACCGCGAGAGUCUUCAGUCUCUCUUCGAAAGAUAUAGCCAACGUGUACCAUCAGAUAUGAUACAGCCUAAUAGCCAGUUAUUAAUAACUGAAUCGGAGCUAGAGAGGGCCCUUGACGGCGAUUCUUCACCACGAUCAAUUGCUCCGCAGUACGACGAGCUCACCAAAUAUCUCCAGAGUGAUACUAUUAAAGGAUCCGUUCGGAUCUUUUGGAAAGAUCAUCAGAGAGAAUUCCCUGUUCUUGCAAGCAUUGCCCGUGAUAUUAUGUCAAUUCCAGCGACUGGUGCCGGAGUUGAGCGUCUAUUUAACUCUGCCCGGGAUGAGGAGCAGCGGCUGAUUCUCCAAGAGUAUCUUUUAGACCAUGAGAUAGCAGCUUCGGCAGAAGCACUUGAUGUCCAGACACAUACCUUCGAGGCUAUCAGUGAUGACGAGGAGGAGGAUGUUGAGUUGCGUCUUGACACACCGGCUGCUAUAUCAAUUAUGCAAACAACCCCGAACGCACCGCCACUGUCAGCAGUCGCCGCUGGAAAGCGGUCUGCGGUCACUUCUAGUGGUGAGGAAGAUUCUGAUGCCGAUGGAUUUGCGAACCCGGAGGAGAACCUAUCAUUAUCCUUCCCUGAUACGCAGCAUCGUGUAUCAGACACUGUGCUAUAG